AUGGCCAAUCCAUUAGCAAAACUUACCAUUAGUGACAAAGUUAAUGAGGGACGUAAACGUAUGUUGACCUGUUUGGCUAAGAAAGGAGCCGAGGAAGACCACGUUAAUUUGUUGGAAUUGCAAAAACAAUAUUUUGUUGACUUUGAGACUUAUUUGAAUAAAGAUGUUGGGUUUUGAAUUUGAUUUUUAAAUUAGCUGCCCUAGCCUCUUAAAAAUCGAUAUUUUCAUAGCAGAGCUAGUGGUCGGCAAAAUCGCCUUUCUUGGAUCCCGAGUUGAUAUUUUUUUCUUAACUAAAGCCGAGACGGGAUCCCGAGUGAUAAAUCCUGAAAAGACCUCGAAUUUCGUAAAUCCGGGAUUUCGUGAUCCCGGAAAAUCCCGUCGGGAUCCCGUCCCACGCCGGUCUCUAAUCAGAGCUAAAGAGGUGCAACUUGUGCCUUUUGGGUUUCUGAUUUUUUCUGCUUUUCUCAGUUUUAUUCUAUUUCCCUGUGGCAUUCAAUCAGUCAAUAAGGGAUUAGUAAAGG